AUGCAUGGUAAUGCAACUCGUCCGCACACCAGAUCCUUUAUUUCUAGAGAGCACUCUCUUAAGCAAGAAGUAAAAGAAACACUUCGUACAGAUAGACGUGCGCCAAGGAUUAUUCAAGAUGAAAAAUCGAAAGAUAUCAAUUUGCUUGACCCUGCACUACAGUCAACCACUAUUCGGGACAGCAAGCGGCUGUAUAACUACCGGCAUUUGUAUGGAGAAGCGAAAACCACAACCAGUAUCGAUCAAAUUCAGGAAGUUAUUCUAAAACUCCUUGAACAGGGAUCCUCUGCUUAUGAAAUUGACCGUGAUGUGCUCGACAAGAAUCAAGCAUUCGUCAGAGAAUUCCUCAGACACGAGAAACAAGCUUGUUUUGUGGCGUAUUUACAGCAGUCCUUUACAGAUAUAGAACGUUUCUCCACCACAUCAUCAAAUCCCAGGUUCUCUACACCUUUGGCUUGUGACACAACAUUUAAUAUUGCAACCUAUCUUGUCACACAAACGAUGUACAAGCAGAUGUCAGUAAUUGGCAGAGAGAGUUUAAAGAAUCCUUGGUUUCCGGGUCCAUUCCUUGUCCAUCGAAAUCAAUCUAUGCAGGAGUUCUCGUAUUUUUGGCAAGCAGUAAAAAGAGGGAAUCCAGGCGGGAUUUUGCAGGAAACAAGUGGAACGACCAUCCAUCUCUUGGGCAAAGAACAUGUUCAAGCCAAUGUCGAUAAGAAAUUGUAG